AUCAGAAUGGACAAAGAGCCAGAGUUUACAAUCUCCGACCUCCUGGCACAGGGGGAGGAAUAUCGACUGUACCAACUGACAAAGUUCUACAGGGACAGACUCAUACAAGCAAUUGAAGAAAAGGUUGAGAGACUGGGUUGGAUGUUGACAAAGGAGGGACAUUUCAGUAGAGACGAAAAUGAGAAAGUCACUGAGCUGACAGAGAAGGGAAACCGGGCAGAGAGUUCCAGACUCUUCCUCAGUCUGGUGAAUGGCAAAGGCUCCCGGGCCCGGAGGGCGAUGUGGGAAUCCUUUCUGAUGUGGAGGACUGAGUUACCGAAGUUGGACAGAAUACUGAGGGAAAUACAGGAACUCGGUCUUGAUCCACAAGAAUACAUGAACAUCGGCCAAGGUUUAUCUGAAUUACCCCCUCAGCUGAUAGAUGUCCAACAGAAACACAAGGAGACUCUGCGGACACGAACUGAAACACUGAGAGUGAACACGAUCCUGAUGACGGAGAAGGUGAAGGUUUUCCAGCUGGCUGAUCGAUACGCUGAGCUCACGGUCAUUUCUACUGUUCGAGAUCGGACACUGGUGGAACAUGAGCUGCUGGCAAGAGGCAGAGACCAUGAGGAUUAUAGAGAGAAACAACUCCGCAGUCAGCUGGAAAAAAUCCGUACCGAUCAGUUAUUCCAGAGCAGCUUUUCCCGGAGUAAAUCCAAAUCUGGGAGUUCAGCAGAAGUGGCCGGAGUCCCGGGGAUCGGGAAAACAACGAUGGUACAAAAGAUUGUUUAUGACUGGGCCAUGGGGAAAAUAUACCAACAGUUCCAGUUUGUCUUCAGUUUCAAAUUCCGAGAUUUAAACAGUAUUGACUGUCGAAUAAACCUGAAGGAACUGAUUCUGGAUCAGUAUCCUUACUUUGGGAAUAUCCUGAGAGAAGUCUGGAAGAACCCACAGGGAUUGCUGUUUAUAUUCGAUGGUUUAGAUGAAUUCAAACACAAAAUCGAUUUUGCGGACAGUCGGAGAGAUACAGAUCCCAAGCACCAGUGCCCAGAUCCCGAGUGGAAGUGUGAAGUGUCGGACAUUGUGUACAGUUUAAUCCAGGGCAAGCUGCUCCCAGGGUGUUCAGUGCUGGUGACCACGCGCCCCACUGCUUUACAUUUAUUGGAAAAGGCGGAUAUCAGUGUCCGGGCUGAAAUCCUGGGAUUUGUUGAUGAGGAACGGAAGGAAUAUUUCAUCAGACAUUUUGAAGAUCAGACGGUGGCGGAAGCUGUUUUCAAUUAUGUGAAGGAGAACGAGAUCCUGUACACCAUGAGCUACAACCCCUCCUACUGCUGGAUCCUCGCUCUGGCACUAGGCCCUUUCUUCACACAAAGAGUCAGGGACCCACAGCGAGUUCCCAAGACCAUCACCCAACUGUACUCCUACUAUAUUUACAACAUCCUGAAAAACCACGGCCGUGAGAUUGAGAGACCCCGCGAUGUGUUACUCAGGGUUGGUCAGAUGGCCUUCAGAGGAGUGUCCGGGAAGAAGAUUGUGUUUACAGAUGGAGAUUUGAUCAAGUACAAUCUUCAGCCUUCCCAGUUCCUGUCUGGGUUCCUGAUGGAGCUUUUGGAGAGAGAGGAUUCUGCCUGCAGCGUGGUGUACACAUUCCCACACCUCACCAUCCAAGAGUUUGUAGCUGCAGUCGCACAAUUUCUGAAUCCACAUCCAGGGGAUAUCCUGAAAUUCCUCACUGAAGCCCACAACACGACAGAUGGGCGAUUUGAGAUAUUUCUCCGUUUUGUUGCUGGUCUCUCCUCUCCAAUGACAGCUCGGGGCCUGGUGGAGUUUCUGGGUCCAUUUCCUCAUGAAACAACCUGCCGGGUGAUUGACUGGGUGAAGGAGGAGGUUAAACGACAGAGUGGAAACACAUGGAGUGAAGCUGGUAAAAGGAGCCUCCUGAACACAUUGCACUACCUGUUUGAGUCUCAGAAUCGUAGACUGGCUCAGGAAACACUGGGAUCUGUGGAAACACUUUCAUUCCGUGGAAUGACACUGACCCCGAUUGACUGCGCGGUCCUGUCUCAUGUCAUCGGAUUCUGUGAUACAAUAAAACACCUCGACCUGGGGAACUGCCACAUUCAGUGUGAGGGAAUCCAGCGGCUGGGACCCGGGCUGCACAAGUGCCAGGAGUUGAGGUAACUUGAUUUAUCUCUCACUCGGAACUGUGAAACUGUUCUAUUGUGUCAUUUCAAUGUAAAGAGAUUUGGGUUAAACUGUGUUAAAUCAGAUUGUGAAGAAUUGUGACAAAUGCCCAGGGGAUCGGUCAGCAAUUCCCCAAGGACAGGAGGGUUCUGUGGUUCCUUGUGAAGGGAUGUUGGAGACUUCAUCAGAUCAGUGAACAACGGCCAUUGGUUUAAUGGUAGUAAAUCACAGGAAUGGCCGUGUUUCCUGCUGCCUGUGACACGUCCAUUGACAAUGUUC